UGCAAGCUGUGAAGAACGCGGGCGCGCUACUCGCAGGAUAGCUCUCUAUCGUUUGUUUGUGUUUGACAACUGUUUGUCGAAAUAUUACCGGUUUUGGUUUUAAGUCACCGGUUAUAAGUGUACAACUGAUAGGUAUUUCGAAGAAAUAAAUAAAAUGUUUUACCAUAUAUCUUUGGAACAUGAAAUCCUUCUCCAUCCGAGGUACUUUGGACCCCAGUUAUUAGACACAGUCAAACAGAAACUUUACACUGAAGUUGAAGGAACUUGCACUGGAAAGUACGGUUUCGUCAUAGCAGUGACUACGAUCGAUAAUAUUGGGGCAGGUAUCAUUCAGCCUGGGCAAGGUUUUGUUGUAUACCCAGUGAAAUACAAAGCCAUCGUGUUUCGACCUUUCAAAGGAGAGGUUCUAGAUGCUGUUGUUACUCAAGUAAACAAGGUGGGCAUGUUUGCAGAAAUUGGACCUCUUACGUGCUUCAUUUCUCAUCAUUCAAUCCCAGCAGACAUGCAGUACAGUCCAAACUCAAACCCUCCCUGUUAUAAAUCCAAAGAUGAGGAUGUAGUGAUUCAGCAAGAUGACGAAAUCCGAUUGAAGAUUGUAGGAACUCGAGUGGAUGCUGCUGGCAUUUUUGCUAUUGGAACCUUGAUGGAUGAUUACCUUGGUUUGGUCUGUAGCUGAGUUAUGGAAGAAGAGUGUCUUAUUUUUUUUUUCAACAGUUUCUGUGAAUUUUAGUAUUUUAAGAAAGGGUAUUUUGUUUGACACGCAGUUCAAUCUUGACAUUCAGGCUCAUGACUUAAAUAUGUGAAUAACUUGAUGUCACUUUUGUACUCAUGUAACAUGCAUUAGGACUUUUCAAUCAUUGUUGUGAUUCAUCUCAUUGUGUAUGUGUGGAUAUUUCUUAUGUUUUAAUCUGUACAGGUAAUUAAAAAAUUAUGUAUACGUAUGGAAGAGAACUUA